AUUAAAAUUCUAUAAAAUAUGAAAUAAACUUAAACCUAAAUAUAACUAUAAACUACUAUAAUACACAUUUCAUACUUAUUAUCUAAAAAAAAUAUAUACAAAAACCUUAAAAACUAAUAUAUACAAAAUAAAUCUACGAACAAACAGAAUUGACGACUGCAUUUGCUAUUAGGUAAAACUAGAUGCGAAUACAAAGGACUACGUCACCCGGCUCGCGAUAAGCGAUGUGCACCGGCCAGCUAAUGAGACACAUACGCGUCCGAGACAUUGCUACCACGGCUUUGACAGCGAGAGGUCAAAUCGACUAAAUUCAAAGAUACAAUUUUACAGUCAUGAUGUGACAAAUUUUUAAUAUGGUGUAAAAUUUAUUCUAAUAUUAAAUGUGUUAAGUUCCAGUAUUUCCCCAAAUAGGGGACCAAGUCUGGGGUUGGAGUCGGAACCUACCAACCUGAAUUCGCAUGCUCCGCUUCGUUCCGGAAGGUUCCCGUGCUGGAUCCGGAACCCUUUUUUUUUUGAAGACGGCCACCUCCAAGUUCAACGUUCUGCGACGUAGUGCAGGGAAGUGACCCCUAUCAAGGACUCGUUUCACCACUGUUAAUUGCCAGCUCAGAAAAGAUCCACGACCUUGUCUUUCCUUUAGUUUUUAUUUUUUUUUAAUUAUAUUUCGUAAAAUUUACUCUGGUUAGUUUUCUUUCGUCUCAUUUUGCAAUCUACCUACUUCAUGCGACGCUAAACGUCACAUUGGCGCCCAUACUGGUUAUUUCUGAGCUGUGCAUUAUUGAAGCAAGUCCUUGGCCUUUUUCUCCUCUUGGUUUUCAUUGGUGUUGGUGGCUUUCUAAUAUUAGCACUUGUAAUUCAUCUAGUUUUUAAGUCUGAUUUGAGCAGUUGUUUGGUACGUGGUUGUCAGUUUCUCACUUCAUAUAGUUAUAGCAAAAUUCUUGUUUUUUAAAAAAAAAAAAACACUACACUUCACUUAUUCCGAUUUAAAAUAAUUUUAAAAUUCUAUCGUAUCUCACAUUCCACUUACUUAGCAACUAAACCUAACUGCUUUUUAAUCAAUUGUAAUCAAAACGCACACCCUUUACGUUAAGAUUUAAACAUGUCGUACCCAAUUAAAUAUUUGUCACUACAAAAAGCUGAGCUUGAAUAUGAGGUGAUCCUUAGAGGUGGUUCAACUGGUUCGGUACAGGACCUCCGAAGCCAGAUAGUAAAAUUGGCCAUACCUCCUGAGGACAUUUUGGAAUCACAUUUAGAGCCUGCGGUUGACCUUGAUGCUGUUAAAGACAGUCUAACAAAAUCCCAAACGAUGCUAGCAUCCCUCAAAUCUAAAUUUGAUAAGACCCUGUUCUUGCGUACCGAAAAUCUACUACACCACAUAUAUCACAGACUAAGGCGUAUCUCAAACGUUAGUGCCACGUUAGUUGACCAGCACAAAAAUUAUUGCACUACCUUUAACAACCAAUACAAAGAAAUUACGACGUUGAGGCCGGCAUCAACCUCAAAUGCAAAUGCAGUCUCAGUUUUGGAACCUGAAGCUACGGCGGUACUCCACUGUGAUCGUAACCUGACUUCUGACUUGGCAAAACUAAAGUACUCUGGAAAAGCCUGCGUUUUUUCUUUCAUUCAAAGAGUUGAAGAAUUCGUAGAGGUUAGGAAUAUAUCAAAGGAUCGUGUAUUGAAGUUUGCCUACGAGAUUUUCACUGAUGACGCAUUACAUUGGUUCCGUUGCAAUAAAGAAAGUUUUCAAAGCUGGGACGAUGUCGUCGUCCUAUUAAAAAAAGACUUUAGUCCAAAGAAUUACGACUAUCGCCUGACUAAUGAAAUAAAAUCUCGUACGCAAGGGGAACAAGAAAACAUUUCUAUUUACUUGUCUAUUAUGCAUGGCAUGUUUGCGCGAUUGGUUAAAUCGUUGUCUGAGGAAGAAAAACUCGAAAUUAUCUUACAUAACAUCCGGCCAUGUUAUGCCAGCACCCUAGCCGCUUCACCUGAGAUCAAGGACCUAAAGACAUUAAAAACCCUUUGCACAAACUAUGAGGACAUUCAGUCACGCUUAUCCUUGUUUCAUGAACCGCCUAGGGUGACUUCUGAGACUCUAGCCCCAGAAUUUGCCUACACUAAAUAUCAUAAAAAUAAUAACUACUACACAAAUAAAAACUACCAAAAUACAAAUUCAAAUGAAAAACAGAAAAACUACUAUAAUCAAAACAAAUAUCCUAACUACUCGAGCUCUUACAACUACAACAAAUCUAAAACUACAGAGGAAAAGCCUACUACUACUAAUGCUGUACAAGCGACAGCAAACAGUACAAAAAAUGUCAACACUGCUAGUAACUCGCAUCAAACCCACAUCUUGAAGGCCUACGUCGUACCAGAAGUCGAAAACUCCUUGAUAUUAGGCAUGGACUUCUGGAGAAUUUUCGAAUUGUUUCCUAAAAAACUAGAUUCCAUACCGGUAAUGCUGUUCCUGUUCGACAAAGAUACUACAGAAUGUCUCCUGAAAAACAAAGAAUACUAA